AUGUGGGGUUUUAAUCUCUUCAAGAGGCCUAAACUCAGUGGCACCCAGCUUGCAGCGAUAUUGCCACUGGCUCUGGUCCAUACGUUGGGGAACGUAUUUACUAACAUGAGUCUUGGAAAGGUUGCUGUGUCUUUUACUCACACAAUAAAAGCUAUGGAGCCUUUUUUUUCAGUGCUCCUUUCUGCUAUGUUCCUUGGAGAGAAUCCUACUGCAUGGGUGGUUGGUUCCCUUGUGCCUAUUGUUGGUGGUGUAGCGCUAGCAUCUGCUACCGAGGCCUCUUUCAACUGGGCUGGAUUUUUGAGUGCAAUGGCUUCCAAUUUGACAAAUCAGUCUCGUAAUGUUCUUAGCAAAAAGCUCAUGGUUAACAAGGAGGAAUCUAUGGACAACAUAACGCUCUUCUCAAUAAUAACGGUUAUGUCCUUCUUGAUAUCAGCUCCUGCAACUUUGUUAAUGGAGGGUGUCAAAUUUACCCCUACUUACCUGCAAUCUGCUGGAUUAAAUGUUAACGAAGUGUACAUCAGAUCUCUUCUUGCUGCACUAUGUUUCCAUGCAUAUCAGCAAGUUUCUUAUAUGAUACUGCAGAAGGUAUCACCUGUUACCCACUCUGUAGGAAAUUGUGUGAAAAGGGUUGUGGUCAUUGUGAGCUCUGUCAUCUUCUUCCGAACUCCUGUAUCACCAAUUAACGCACUUGGGACUGCUAUAGCUCUUGCCGGUGUUUUCCUGUAUUCCAGGGUGACGCGACUUAAGCCAAAGACAAUUUAA